UUCUGAACACGGAAGUUUGAUAUAAGAUUAACACGUAGAUAAUUCAGUUGUUGUAACGAGACAGUUGAGAAUCUAUUCACUUUUGGGAUGGCGACAUGUUCUGAACAUCAUGGACAGCCUUUUGUAAUGGUAUGUUACUCGUGUGAUAAAUGUUACUCAUUGGUAUGCUGUGAGUGUAUCGCCAGGAAACACAAAGGACACGACCUAGAAACAUUUGAAACUGCGGCAAAAACUGUCUUGGACAGAUUGAGGACAGAGAAAGCAAAAAUAUCAACAAAUCUGAAAGAGAUACAUGUCGACUUGAAGAAUUAUGCUACUAUUCAAGAAAAUGAAAGAAAGAUUUCGGAAAACACAAGGCAGUACAUCAACAGAAGACGUGAACUGUUGAAACUGGCCAUUGAUGAAGCCGCUGAAAUACUGCUAGAAAAACAGGAAUCGUCCGACAAAAAGAUUAUGGACGCAUUACUUUAUGGGAAACAACAGGCAGAAGACAAGAUUGUCUUUGACGUGGAUUACAAGCGUCCUAAAUACACCGGCGAGACAGGUGAACCGACAACAUUCCCACACGGAAACUGACAGAGGAGAUAGAAACAGGACGUACAACGUCAUUAUUCUGGGACAGAUGUGAUUACAACAUGAAAGCAGAUUUCAAAUUGGAACCGGAGAAUGACUGACUGUUUUGUGAGACUGGGACAGAAACUGGGAUGUGUGAAGAAGCCAGCUCUAUCAGACAGAAAGGUGUAUGUUGGUAACACACCGUUCCCUGGGGAAGAUGUGUCUGUGCUCCAUACACAGAGGUUUCCCAACAACAGGGUCAUAUCAUCUAAGUAUACAGUAUUUAACUUCCUGCCAAAGAAUUUGUUUGAACAGUUCCGGAGGAUAGCUAAUUUCUACUUCCUGUGUGUUGGCAUAGUGCAGCUGAUUAUCGACACACCUGUCACCCCGAUCACCAGUAUAGCCCCUCUAGUGUUUGUUGUCUCCGUAACUGCAAUAAAACAGGGCUAUGAGGACUAUCUACGACACAAGGGAGACAAUGAGGUCAAUAACAGGAUGACUCAAGUCAUCAGAGAUGGCUGCAUCAAGGAGAUCAAAUCCAUGAACAUCAAGGUAGGGGACAUCGUGAUGGUGGAAAAGAACCAGGAAUUUCCUUGUGAUCUGGUCAUGUUGUCGUCAUACGACAAGGAGGGUCAGUGUUACGUCACAACAGCCAAUCUGGAUGGGGAAACUAACCUCAAGACUCACCUGUGUAUAUCCAACACGCGGAAAUGCCAAACAGUAAACGACUUCCAGCACCUCCACGCCCACAUAGAAUGCCAACAGCCAAUCACAGACCUGUACAGGUUUAUCGGACGCAUCACUGUUACCACAAACGCAGGGGAAGAGAUAAAAUCUCUCGGCCCAGCCAAUGUACUGCUGCGUGGGGCAAGACUCAAAAAUACACCUUAUAUUUAUGGUUGUGCAAUAUAUACAGGACCAGAGACCAAAAUGGCAUUGAAUUCAAAAAAUAAAGGUACAAAGUUUUCUCGAGUUGAAAGAGCUAUGAAUUCGUUUCUGAUCAUAUUCCUCGUGGUACUGUUGGUGGAAUCGCUGACAUGUACUAUCCUGAAGUACGUGUUUGUGAACCAAUCAGUCGUUAAAGACAAGCUCUGGUAUGUCCCAGACAUGGACACGGAAUCAGAACUCACAGCUUUGCGAGGGAUAGAGACAUUCUUGUCUUUCAUGGUGCUAUUUAACUACUUCAUUCCAAUAUCUAUGUAUGUGACUGUAGAGAUACAGAAGUUUGUAGGAUCGUUAUACUUUGGCUGGGAUAUUGAAAUGUAUGAUGAAAAGAUGGACCAACCAGCUAAAGCGAACACAUCUGAUCUCAAUGAGGAGCUCGGUCAGGUUGAGUACCUGUUCACUGACAAGACUGGGACAUUGACCGAGAACGAGAUGCAGUUCCGAGAGUGUUCACUCGGCGGUGACAAAUACAUGGAGGUCGAUAAUAUCUUGUUCGAAAAAAAACCUGGUCAUGAUCACGGAAGGCCUGUUACUCAAAUGACGAAAAAGAUGGAGGAUUUUUUUACGGUCCUUGCCCUAUGUCAUACAAUACGUGUGGACCACCCCCACUCAGACCUGACUGAGAAGGCUACGGACAGAAAAUUUGAUUACUUAGGCAUGAGUUAUGAAUACCAGUCCUCUUCACCAGAUGAAAAAGCAUUCCUCGAGGCCUGUAGGAGGUAUGGUAUUGUUCUCCAUGGUAUCCAUGACGACCGUUUAGAAGUGACCUUCAAGGGUGAAAUGAGACGUUACAAAUUGUUUCAUGUACUUGAGUUUGACCCGACCAGGAAACGGAUGAGUGUCAUCAUACAGAACGAACAAGAUGAAAUUUACCUGUUGUGUAAGGGUGCUGAGUCGGCUAUCCUUGAUCGUGUCACGCCAAACCUGAAGGAAGUCACCCUACAACACGUCACCGACUACGCAUUGCUCGGUUUGAGAACUCUUGUCCUGGCAAGGCGUCUACUCAGUCCCGAGGAGUAUAGUGAGAUAGACAGACGUCUCAGGGAGGCCAGAAACUCGCUUAGUGACAGAGAGGCAAAGUUGGAGGAGGUUUUCGAGUUUAUAGAGCGUGACCUUGUCCUCCUAGGAGCUACAGCUGUUGAAGACAAACUCCAGGAUGAUGUACCAGACACGAUACAGUCUCUGCAACGCUCUGGAAUUAAGGUCUGGGUGUUGACUGGAGAUAAGGAAGAGACAGCGGUAAAUAUAAGUUACUCCGCUGGACACUUCAAACAGGGUUUCGCCGAGCUACGCAUCACUCAGAUGACCUCCACUGUCCAGUGUGCUGAGGUCAUGACCAGGCUCAAAAACAUAAAAGAUCAUGCGUCCAUUGAUCAGCCGUUUGUCCUGGUCGUGGAUGGUGCCAGUCUGAGGUUUGCUGUAAAGGACCACUCGGAUUUGUUCAGAAGUCUGUGUCAGUCUUGUGUGGCGGUGCUGUGUUGUCGAAUGUCUCCUCUUCAGAAAGCUGAGGUUGUGAAAUUGAUAAAGAAUUCCAAAGAAAAACCUGUUACGGCAGCUAUAGGUGACGGAGCUAAUGAUGUCAGCAUGAUACAGGAGGCCCAUGUUGGCUUAGGUAUCAUGGGGAAGGAAGGUCGCCAAGCGGUGCGUAACAGCGACUAUGCAUUUGCCAAAUUCCGGUUUUUAAAACGAGCCAUACUGGUGCAUGGCAACUAUUACUACACUAGACUGGCUAACCUGGUACAGUUCUUUUUCUACAAGAAUGUCGCUUUCAUCACUGCUCAACUCUUCUACACAUUUUUCUCAGGUUUUUCACAACAGACCAUAUACGACGUGAUGAACCUGACCAUGUACAAUAUCACAUUUACCUCACUGCCCAUCUUCAUCUACAGUCUGUUUGAAAAGUCCAUAUCACAGGAGGAACUGCUGCAGAAUCCACACCUCUACAAAAAAAAUGCCCGGAAUGCUGCCUUGUCUUUUAAAUCUUUUAUUAAAUGGAAUUUCUUAGGUCUAUGGCAUCGAGCUGUGUUCUUCUUUGGUGUGUACUUUGUGUUUGGGAAUGAGGGCAGCAUAUUCUCAGAUGGAAAGUCUGCUGGUACCUGGGCGUUUGGGACGGUCCUGUUUACUACUGUGGUAGCGGGUGUUAACUUUAAGUUGGUGAUAAUGACUUACACAUGGAACCUACCCAUGUUCCUCGCUUACCUCGUAGCCAUCCUAGGAAAUACGGCGAUGACAUUAUUUUACUCAGGUCUCAGAAUGCCAAUGAUUUUGGACAUCCAGAACUAUUUCUUCGUGUUCUAUGAGACAAUGUCCAGUGCCUUGAUUUGGCUGACCAUCAUACUUCUGGUCGUCCUGGCUUUACUGCCAGACCUCAUUAUUAGGGUCUUCACCGACAUCACGAAGACGUUGGAGGAUAGCCACCUACGGGGACCUACAAUGGACAGACUCACAAUGUCGGUCACUAAACGGUCUGGGAAGCUCACGCUUUCUCAGAUCGAUAUACUUAGUGAUCAGGAAGACUCUAUACCUAAUCGGAAUAGUCGCGGGGACGCUCCCAAUCUUGUGUACCUCUGAACCCAAUAUCACACAGACAUGGGACCAGCCCUAAGACGUUUUCUUCUAACGUCUCGUUGGAUUGCACCAUCGUAUCGUAUUCAUCAAUCAAUCAAACCUUAAGCUGAUAACACAUUCCUCCAGAACAACUACAUUGAAAUGCAAUUAAUGAUUCUAGGCGGGCUUCACUUUCAGAUACAAUAAUUUUGAUAUAAACACUGUUCUCGAUUUCAAUUUCAUUCCGAUUUCGUGGACUACGCAAAGAAUUUUGAGUUUGACACACUUACUGCAUACAAACACGAACUACAGGGAUUGAUUAAACAUAUGAUAUAUCUGCACCAAUCAAAGAAUUGUAUCUUAACAUGGGACUUCAUGAAUUAGCAGAUCACAUUAUUUUUGGCUCACCUGGUCUGAAGGUGCGGCUUGUUUUUCUUUUACGCCUUUGAUAAACUAGUAUGGUACUCAGCAGGUUUAAAUUGAAAAUACAAUGCCAGGUGAGCUGUUUAUGCUUCAUGGCCUCUUGUAUAAAGUGCUAUUUCAGUAAAAAAAUAUAUGAUUUUAGCAAUGUCCAUUUCAUCAACGUGGCGAUACACGAAAAUGCCUUCUAUUAUAACAAUUUAGUAACUUCUUAUGUCUUUAAUAUCUUCCCGUGUCGUAUAUACAUAUGUGCAGUGGUGGAUUGAUGGUUUCGAGGUUUUAACAUCUGAAUCUGUACUUGAUAACUCUUGUUAUUGUUGUAAGUUUGCAAGAGUGGAAAUUCUGAAAACAAAAUGGCUGCACACAAAGUAUUUUAAAAAAGGCAUUUGUAGUUGCUAAUAAUUGCCAUGGUUUUUUUUUGGACUGGUGAAUAUUUUGUUCAAUUGGAGUUAA